GGAAGGUCUGGGAAAAAUCUCCCUGCUUUUGGGGGGGCAGGGGCGGGGGAUGAGCCAGGGCUGAGGAGGAACUCUGAAGACUCCGUAGAUUGCUCUAGACCGCCUCAGACACUCUCGGCGCAGCGUGGAGAGGAUUUGUGCAAACAUUUCCUCUCUGGACCAAGAGGAAUGCAAGAGGAGACUGCCUGCGGUGCAUCUUGGACGGCUAGAAAGAUGUACCCCUACUUGUGAAGGUGCAAGAGGAAGAUGAAGCUGGGAUCGAGCAGGGCAGGGCCUGGGAGAGGAAGCGCGGGACUCCUGCCUGGCGUCCCCGAGCUGCCCAUGGGCAUCCCUGCCCCCUGGGGGACCAGUCCUCUCUCCUUCCACAGGAAGUGCUCUCUCUGGGCCCCUGGGAGGCCCUUCCUCACUCUGGUCCUGCUGGUUUCCAUCAAGCAAGUUACAGGAUCCCUCCUUGAGGAAACGACUCGGAAGUGGGCUCAGUACAAACAGGCAUGUCUGAGAGACUUACUCAAGGAACCUUCUGGCAUAUUUUGUAACGGGACAUUUGAUCAGUACGUGUGUUGGCCUCAUUCUUCUCCUGGAAAUGUCUCUGUACCCUGCCCUUCAUACUUACCUUGGUGGAGUGAAGAGCUUUGUUUACUUUCAGAGAGCUCAGGAAGGGCCUACAGACACUGCUUGGCUCAGGGGACUUGGCAGACGGUAGAGAACGCCACGGAUAUUUGGCAGGAUGACUCCGAAUGCUCCGAGAACCACAGCUUCAAGCAAAACGUGGAUCGUUACGCCUUGCUGUCAACCUUGCAGCUGAUGUACACCGUGGGAUACUCCUUCUCUCUUAUCUUCCUCUUCCUGGCUCUCACCCUCCUCUUGUUUCUUCGAAAACUCCACUGCACGCGCAACUACAUCCACAUGAACUUGUUUGCUUCUUUCAUCCUGAGAACCCUGGCUGUACUGGUGAAGGACGUCGUCUUCUACAACUCUUACUCCAAGAGGCCUGACAAUGAGAAUGGGUGGAUGUCCUACCUGUCAGAGAUGUCCACCUCCUGCCGCUCAGUCCAGGUUCUCUUGCACUACUUUGUGGGUGCCAAUUACUUAUGGCUGCUGGUUGAAGGCCUCUACCUCCACACGCUGCUGGAGCCCACAGUGCUUCCUGAGAGGCGGCUGUGGCCCAGAUACCUGCUGUUGGGUUGGGCCUUCCCUGUGCUAUUUGUUGUACCCUGGGGUUUCGCCCGUGCACACCUGGAGAACACAGGGUGCUGGACAACAAAUGGGAAUAAGAAAAUCUGGUGGAUCAUCCGAGGACCCAUGAUGCUCUGUGUAACAGUCAAUUUCUUCAUCUUCCUGAAAAUUCUCAAGCUUCUCAUUUCUAAGCUCAAAGCUCAUCAAAUGUGCUUCAGAGAUUAUAAAUACAGAUUGGCAAAAUCAACACUGGUCCUCAUUCCUUUAUUGGGCGUUCAUGAGAUCCUCUUCUCUUUCAUCACUGAUGAUCAAGUUGAAGGAUUUGCAAAACUUAUACGACUUUUCAUUCAGUUGACACUGAGCUCCUUUCAUGGGUUCCUGGUGGCCUUGCAGUAUGGUUUUGCCAAUGGAGAGGUGAAGGCUGAGCUACGGAAAUACUGGGUCCGCUUCUUGCUAGCCCGCCACUCAGGCUGCAGAGCCUGUGUCCUGGGGAAGAACUUCCGGUUCCUAGGAAAAUGUCCCAAGAAGCUCUCGGAAGGAGAUGGCACUGAGAAGCUUCGGAAGCUGCAGCCCUCACUUAACAGUGGGAGGCUCCUACACCUAGCCAUGCGAGGUCUUGGGGAGCUGGGCGCCCAGCCCCAACAGGACCAUGCACGCUGGCCCCGGGGCAGCAGCCUGUCCGAGUGCAGUGAGGGGGAUGUCACCAUGGCCAACACUAUGGAGGAGAUUCUGGAAGAGAGUGAGAUCUAGGGUGGAGUUCCACCACCCUGGCUCUGCUCCCAGGAACUCUUGAGGCGGCCCAGGAAGAGGAAGCAAAGCAGGACACACGUUGCUGGGCACGGAAUCAUUCUCGUUCCAUUCACCAUGCCACUUUGAUAUGAAAGCUAUCACAAGGUUCUUCAAGCUCUGUAUGAAAGAGGCUGUGUGUCAUGCUCACAGCCUCUGCCUUCUCUUCUCAUCCUAAUAACCCCCACCAGUGUGUUUUCCAGAAUGCCCACCAGACCCUAGGGCCUGGCUGUAAAUUCAAGCCAAUGAAGUCCCACCAUGAAGAGAGGUCUCCUGUUAUAGAGAAGCCAGCCAGUAUCUCUUCCUUUAUCCCUUGGGGUGCAUGCUUUCCAUCUGAGGUUGGGUUUAGGGUGCAUGAUAACCUCCUAGGAAGCUUUUAAAAUGCAGAAUCCUAGACUUGUGGCUAAGAUUCUAAGACAGUGAGUCUGGGACCAUGGCCAGGAAUUGGAGCUGUUUAAUAAGCAUCCCAGGUAAUUCUGCUGCAAGCCCACCCUUGGAGAACACUGGGCAGGGUGAGAGGGAGCUAGAAGCGCCCCCAUGUGGCCAUGGCAGGAUGCUGCAAGAGACAGUCUGCUCUCCCAGGUCAGCUGGGGUGUGCCUGCCCUCCUUGGACAGUAUGUAACUCCACCCACCAGAGUGCCACUCCUCUCUGCUCUUCCUCUCCUAUCAAGUCUUGCCUCUCUCUCUCUUUGCCUCAAUUCUCUGUCCCUGCACAGCAGGAGUUCUGCUUGAUCCUCCCUUUGAGGAUUGGCCCCAGCGCCUGGGGACCCUCUGAAUGUCGUCUUUGGUCCGUUCCUCUCCUUUCUGGCUCUAUCUACCUUUCUGAGUUUGGCUUCUACCAGCCUGAUUUACACUACCAUUCUCUUGGGGCAAGGAAUGUCCCCACCAUUUUUGGUUUGCCAUUGAUGCAUUGAUUGUCACACCUGUUGUCCCAGGAAGUUGACCUAUAACUCUCCAUGGCCAGAGUCCCUGCUGAUCAGAAUUCAAUUUGCCCAGUGGGAAUAAAUACUGAAAGCAGGAGGGCCCAGGUAAAGCAAUAGGACUUUGGCUGGAUCUGGACAUGCUCAGGGUGGCUCUGAGAGAUCCAAGACUUUGCAUCAACCAGCCUGUGGGAUCCUUUCCUGCCUACUGUGACCCACCGAGGCCGAGGAGGGCCCAGGCAGUUGGGGUCAGGCUCAGUGACUGAAAGUAUAAGGCAAGAGGCUGUAGGAAGAGCAAGGGAUGGACAUCCUUUGGAAACAGUGUGUUAAUGCACAGGAGUGUCACUUUCCUGGUAUGUAAAAUGCAUGUGUACGUGGGUGGGGUAUGUUGCUAUGGGACUAAAUACCACCUUGUCUUCGGGGGAGUCAGUUUGAUACUCCUCAAGCAGGGCUGCCAUAUUUAGCAAACAAAAACAAGAUACUCAAUUAAAUUUGAAUUUCAGACAAAUAAUCUUCUUGUAUAAGUAUAUCCCAUGGGCAUAUUUUAUCUGAGCUUGGAAUUUAAUCAUGCAUCUUGUCUUUUACUGGCAUCUCUGUUUUCAAGGAUACUUUGCCACAGGGCUGGGACUAGGGUGAAAUAAUCAAGGCACUCAUCUCUAAAAAGCUCAAAGUAAAUGAUCAAAAUAAAUCCUAUUUUAAUGCAAUAUUCUAAAAAAAAAUUAACAAACUACAGCCCAUGAGCCAUUUAUAGAAAUGAAAUUUGAUUGGAGCCAGGGGCAGGAUAAGGGUGAGGCAGGAGAGGCCAGCUCUUGCAAGUGCAGGCUCUGGUCCUGACUUUCAAAUGUUGUCUAUGAGGGACUUUUGAUGUGAAUUUUUAUUUUUAAACAAUUGCAUUAAAAUAUUAUUUAUAUUGACUAUGGGGACUUUUGGGGUCCCCUUAAAUUUUGCACUUGAAAUGGGAUCCCCACUUGUGUCACCCCAUAGUCCAGCCCUGGUUUUAGGAUGGGGAUGGAGGCAAAGGCAUCAGGCAAGUAACGAAGCAAAGGUUUAUUUUUUGGUGUCCAGAUUAUCCAUAGCUCAGUCAUGAAAAUCUAUGUCUUUCUAUUUUUCUCCUUUCUGCAAAUGUCCCUGCCUCGGCUCAUCAGCCAAUUAGCUCCUAGAAAGCUGGGGUCAUCUCGUAUUCCCAGCAAGUACCCAGCACAGUGCCGGUUCAGAGCAGGUGGUCCACACACAUUCCUGGAAUGAGACAGCACAGAAAUGGCUCUCGGGAGCCUCAGAUGCUGCUGGGAGUAAGUGAUCCAGGACCUUACCACUAAGAGGAGAAACUUUUUUUCAAAGCAUUUAUAAAUACUCCCUCCACCCCUCACUCCACAAAUGGGGUGAUCAACACUUACUGCUUGCUCUUGUUCUGCUAAUGAUUAAAACAAGUUUAUUUAAUUUG